AUGGUCAUCCCGGUCCCCUUCAUCUCCAACUGUCACCUCGUCCCCAACGACCAGACUUUCAAAACGGAUCCCCCCUCCACUAAAUCCAAAGUUGGCAUCGUCAAAAGAGUGAUCUCCACCGUCGAAUCUGUCGCCGCAACGGCAAUGGUACUCCGCAGAGUCUCCCGUGACUACUUGCCCGUUGAAAUCCGCCGUGAAUUCCGCCGUGAAUUAGAAAAGUACAUAGCAAGUAAUGUUCUCAACAAGUUCUCCAACCAGUUCACCAUGGUGUUUGACGAAUUCGAUGGGUAUAGCGACAAUGAAAUCUACAACGCCGCCCAACUCUACCUAUCCACCCGUAUAUCCUCCGAAGUUCGUCGUGUAAACGUCACUAAAAACCCAAACAAACAACAGUUUAACGUAGCUAUGGAAAUCAACGAGGAGUAUACAGAUGUUUACAAUGGAGUCCACUUCACUUGGUCUUUGCUUUCCAAGCAGUUGAAAUCUAACGACAGAUACGGCCGAACCGACAUCCGAUCGUUAGAACUCACGUUUCACCAGAAACACAAAGAUUUUGUGUUGAAUUCCUACUUGCCGUAUAUAAUCAACACCUCCGAAACCCAUAAACAAAACAAGAGAACGGUGAAGCUGUUCACACUCGAAGGUUGGUAUUGGGAGUCGGUGAAACUCGACCACCCGGCGACAUUUGAGACGGUGGCAAUGGAUCCCGGUGUGAAGGAGAUGCUGGUGAAGGAUUUGGAUAGGUUUGUGGCGAGGAGAGAGCAUUAUCGCAAAGUCGGUAAAGCGUGGAAGAGAGGCUACUUGUUGAACGGUCCUCCGGGUACUGGGAAGUCUAGCUUGGUUGCAGCCAUCGCGAAUUACUUGAAGUUUGACAUAUACGACUUGGACUUGACUGACAUUUGUUCGAACUCUGAGCUGCGAACGGUUUUGUUGGGGACUGCAAACCGUUCAAUACUUGUGGUGGAGGACAUUGAUUGCUCGGUUAAGUUGCACAAUCGGGGAGCUCAAACAUAUAAUAACAACGGAAAGCUAGCGUUAUCAGGGUUCCUUAAUUCCAUUGACGGGAUAUCGUCAAGUUGUGGCGACGAGAGGAUCAUAAUAUUCACGACAAACAGGAAGGAGGUUCUUGAUCCGGCACUUGUUCGUCCGGGUCGUAUGGAUGUUCACAUCCACAUGUCAUACUGCACUCCGUGCGCCUUGAGAGUGCUGGUCUCAGUCUAUCUUAGUAUUACCGAACAUGAUCUUUUGGAAGACAUUGAUGAGUUGAUCGGCCAUGUGGAUGUUACCCCUGCUGAAGUGGCGGAACAACUUCUCAUAGAUGAAGACCCGGACAUUGCUCUUGGUGGCCUCGUUGAGUUUUGGAUGCAAAGAGGAAGAAGAAUGAGGAGGCCAAACCAAGGUUAGAAGAAAAAGAAGAAUUGGCUGCAAAAGAAAGUGAAAAGGAGCAGCAAAAGAAAUUGAAAAAAGCAGUUGCAAAAAAAAAGUGAGAAGAAGCAACAAGAAAAUGGAAUAGACAAUUAGAAAAGUAGUUAAUUAAUUAAUUAGUUAUGAAGUUUGGUUAUUUACUA